GAGGGCGCGGGCGCGAGCGCGAGCAGACACAUGCGCGCCGCCGCCACCGCAGCCCUCGGCUUCCCGGGCUGGAAACCUUUGGAGACGAGUGAGCGGCUGCCUCUAGGUCUGCGCUGCCCGCCGCCCCUCCCGCCGUCCCGCGGCUUGCGAGGGAGCACAACGGGGACUCGGGGCAGCCGGGGAAACCUGUGACCCCCCGCGCAGGAGCGGGGCGGGGGACCGGGAGAAGAUGGCGACGCCGGGAAGCGAACCCCAAGCUUUCACGCCCGCCCUCUCGGUAACCACCCUGCACCCGCAUCUCCACCAGCACCACCAGCACCACCAGCACCACGGAAGCACGGGAGGCGCGGGCUUCAACCUGCCCUUGAACCGUGGGCUGGAGCGCGCGCUGGAGGAGGCGGCCAAUUCUGGGGGCUUGAACCUGAGCGCAAGGAAGCUGAAGGAGUUUCCCCGGACGGCAGCCCCGGGGCACGACCUCUCGGACACGGUGCAAGCAGAUCUGUCUAAAAACAGGCUGGUGGAAGUGCCGAUGGAACUGUGCCAUUUCGUAUCACUGGAAAUUCUUAACCUGUAUCACAACUGCAUCCGGGUCAUUCCUGAGGCCAUUGUUAAUUUGCAGAUGCUUACCUACUUAAACCUGAGCCGAAAUCAGCUGUCCGCCCUGCCCGCCUGCCUGUGUGGUCUGCCUCUCAAAGUCUUAAUCGCAAGUAACAACAAGCUGGGAUCACUGCCUGAAGAGAUAGGUCAGCUCAAACAGUUAAUGGAGUUGGACGUCAGCUGUAACGAGAUCACAGCCUUGCCCCAGCAGAUAGGCCAGCUGAAGUCUCUACGAGAACUGAACGUCCGAAGAAAUUACCUUAAGGUUUUACCACCAGAACUCGUAGAUCUCCCCUUGGUCAAGUUUGACUUUUCCUGCAACAAAGUUCUGGUGAUCCCCAUCUGCUUUAGGGAGAUGAAGCAGUUACAAGUGCUCCUGCUGGAGAACAACCCUCUCCAGUCUCCUCCGGCUCAGAUUUGCACAAAAGGCAAAGUGCACAUAUUUAAGUAUCUAAGUAUACAAGCAUGCCAGAUUAAGACGACUGACCCCCUCUACCUCCACGCCAUGGAGAGGCCUCAUUUACACCAGCAUGUAGAAGACAGUAAGAAGGAUUCUGAUUCCGGAGUUGGAAGUGACAAUGGGGAUAAGCGGUUGUCUGCCACCGAGCCCUCUGAUGAGGACACAGUUAGCCUCAAUGUUCCCAUGUCAAACAUCAUGGAGGAAGACCAGACCAUCAAGGAGGACGCAUGCCAUCGUCCGACCCCAGCUAAAGGAGAAUUUCAGCCAAAGCCUUCCCUUUUGGGUGACAGCAACAGCCCAGGACAAGAAAGAGACCAGUUUGUUGAUGGAGCAGAUGCUCUCCACUCGGAAUUUAUGAACUAUAUUAAGAACCAGACAGAAGACUGUGAAGAGCUUUUGCGGAUAGAAGAGGAUGCUCACUGGCCAAUGGAGGGACUCUUGAGCACCGACAUUACAGAGAGAAGUAUUUUGAACCUGUACCCCAUGGGCUCAGCAGAAGCCUUAGAAUUACCUGACCCUACGCUCAAUGGUCAGCUGCAGCUGGAGACGUCUCCAGAGUGUGAGGUGCAGAAUGACUUAAUGCUACAGAGUAAUGGGAGCCAGUAUUCUCCAAAUGAGAUGAGAGAGAACUCCCCUUCAAUGUCUCCAACUGCAAACGUCACAGCUCCCUUUGGCCUGAAGCCUCGCUCGGACCCAGCCCUCAUUCUUCCUAUCUCCUUCAACAAACUUACGCAGGCACAAACAUGGGACAGCCCUAGCUACAGUGUUCCCUCUGAAGGAGACAGUGACAAUGUGUUUCUAAGACCUCAGAGAAAUUUGGAGUCGAUAGACCCGCAGUUCACGAUUCGGAGGAAAAUGGAGCAGAUGAGGGAAGAGAAGGAGCUGGUGGAGCAGCUCCGCGAGAGCAUCGAGAUGAGGUUGAAAGUGACCCUGCACGAAGACCUAGGCGCAGCGCUCAUGGACGGUGUCGUGCUCUGCCACCUGGCCAACCACAUCCGCCCGCGGUCUGUCGCCAGCAUCCACGUCCCCUCACCUGCCGUUCCCAAACUUAGCAUGGCCAAGUGCAGGAGGAAUGUGGAAAACUUCUUGGAAGCAUGCAGAAAACUUGGCGUUCCCGAGGCCGACCUCUGCUCUCCGUAUGACAUCCUGCAGUUGGAUUUUCGUCACAUUCGAAAGACUGUUGACACUCUGCUGGCACUCGGGGAGAAACCCCCACAACCAACUUCUGCCCUCCGCUCCAGGGACCUUAUAGGCUUCUGUCUUGUCCAUGUUCUCUUUAUAGUACUGGUCUAUAUCACUUACCGCUGGAACGCUCUGUCCGCCUAACUCCUGCAUGCGCGUCCAAACGCUCUGCUCUGGCACCCUGGUCCAUCCCAGCUCCUUCCUCCAUGGGAGCCUUGGCCUUGCAAACUCCCAUCCCUGUCAUCUCUUCAGUAAGCUAUUGAGUUCUGAAGUUGAACGUUUCUGAACCAGAUUUUUCCAGAAGCACAAACUUUGUAGAAUGCAAUUCCCAUCGGGUAAUUUCUUUCACUUGACUGAAAAGCAACAGCGACAGCCAAGCCUGUCAGUCCAUACAUACCUCAUGUUCCUUCAUGCACGUAGUCCGCGCAGCAAUGCUGCUGUAGGCCCUGCUCUCUCCCAUGAGCCUUUGCUGCUCUGGGUAGUGGAUAGGGGGAACCAGGACAGAACAGGCUGGAUUUAGCAUAUGGGAGUCUUGAGACUUGAUGCCUGUCCUAGUUCAGGACUAGGAAUUGAGCUGUAGAGGGAGGGGUUGCCUUGCAAAGACAAGAUGCCAGCAUUUUGGCCCAGUAUAAUUCAUAAAAAUCUCUAAUGAUGCCAUUGUGGACCAAGUUGAGAAGUCUUAUCUGGAGAAUGACUGCUUUGCCAGCUGGUUAGUUGGAAUCCUCCUUGUUUGUUGCAAGGGAAUUGUGAAGGGCACUCAGAAGGGUUGCCGCCCAAGUCCCCCAGAGCAUGCAGUCUCUGCCGUAUUGCAGGCAUAUUCUGGGGAAGUGCCUUUCUGUUAGAGCGCCACCUGGUGGAUCUGCUCACACCGCUUUUCCUUUUCAUUAGGUCUGUUCUGAGGCUCUGAGAAAAGUGUUUUAUAGAAGGAAUUUCUAUUUUUGCAUAAUGUAUUGGGUCAUUUUACUCUUAUGAUGUGUCACAUAUUUUAACUAUUCAGUCUCAAAUAAAUCUAUGGGUCUUGGAACAUUCUUGGUACUGGGGCCGUGGGUUACUAUGGCAGCAGCCAAUGAUAAGAUUACUCUUAUUUUAGAUGAAUGCUGUUUUUCCUCCAUUUACUUUGAAUGUCCAUUUGGCCCUUGUUCCAGAGAUAUUAACUACCUAACUGUUUUGUUUUUAAGUCAGUUUUUAAAGGCUUAUGUAUCAACUCUCAGUCUUUGGAGCAAAGUGAUGAGUUUUUAAUUAAAGAAAAAAAAUGUUAGACUUUAACGUACUGCCAGAUCUUGCUGAGUCCUGGGAUGUCUCUCUACAAUAUGAGAAGUCCUGCUGCAAGCUCCAGCCACCAUCACCUGCUUCAUUUUAUAUCCUUCUUGCCAAAUGCUGCUUCUUGGGUGGGGAGGAGGAUGGAGUGACUGUCCUCAAGGUAAAUCUCUAGUUUUCUGAGAUGCAGACAUUCCUCAGAUAUGGCUGCUAAGAAUAUUAUCUUAUUUUUCUGAACCUAUUCAUGAGUCCAGGGAAAAUGAGAUUCUGAAAAACCUCCAUACUUGAAAGGAUAUAUUUAUAAAGGUUCCUUGCUGCUAAAUCAGACCUGAAUUUUUCUGAACAGGAAACAUUUCUUUACAUGGUAAGAUGUUAGAUGGUCUGAGCCCUUUCCUCCCAGCUUUGUGUUGAGUGGUGAAUACAGGGUAUGUGAAGUUGUUGGACAUGAGUUGUGUCUAAAUAACCACAGAUGUACUAAAUGCCUUUGGUGCUAUCUUGUACUUUUCCAUCUGUAACAAUAAAAUCCCUUUGUACAGUGUCUGGUGAGCACCCCGAGCCAUAAAUUGCUUAAUAAACACAAUUUGGGUGAUUAAUCCAAGCUUUUUCUUGGCCCGCUGAUACAUUUGUUCAUGGGUACCCAGAGUGGCUCUUGGCAUUUCUACCCAGCUCUGCCACAAGCAUGGGGACUUUCCUUCAAUUAGCGCCAUUUGUUUGGAUUUUUUUUUUCCAUUGCUGCUUUAUGGUGGGGGAAAGAGGAAAAGAGAAACAUUCUGAGCUGCUGGCUCAAGGAAAAACACUCUGAAUAAAAAUCCAGUGAGUCAAACAAUUUCAUGAGAUUAGAUUUGAUAUUCAACAUUGACUUUCUGUGUGUUUCUCCCCUGGUAUCCCGAGGAUCCCUUGGCUACGCUUCUCAUUUCUCAUUUCAUUGGUUUAUACCCUUAUGUGCUGCUCCCCUUGGGAUUUGCUGUGAUGAUAUUUUUUCAUUAUAAAGCAUGGUCACUCGUAGAACAUAGUUAACUCAGCCCUUCAGGCAAAACUUCAAGUGAGUCAUUUUGCUUAGUGUGAGCGAGCCGUUAAUUUCUGUUGGGAACACUGAGCCCCUCUGUGGCGUGUCUCCAAGGCCCCAGACACCAGCUCAGGUACUUACACGAGACACCUGCCAUUUCAGCUCAGCUGGGGACCCCUGACUGAUCUGCCUAGAGGUUGAGAAGUGGUCAGGGGUCCAGUUGUGUGAUUUGUCCCACAUACUAAAUCCCCAUCAUCUUGUAAGAAAGAAUGUUUUAAAUAUGCCCUCCUAAUACUUGAUAAAGAGGAACAACUCUUUACAUAUUUAUUUUGCAGUAGCCAUUUAUGAUAUAUCUCUUUCUUCCAUUCCUACUGUUGGUUGAAAAUGUUCCCCGUAGUGUCAGGAGUUCCAAAAUUUGUGACAGCCCAUUUCUAGUGGCUCCUUCUGGACUUCAGGGCCAUGUUACUUCAAUGUCCUUAACACUACAGAAAAGGGACCUUGUUAAGUCCCAAAGCAGGACAGCU